ACCCAAGCACGUCCCUGCUCAAUCCAUGACUACAUUAGUUCAUGGACUGAAAGAAAACAAAAGACCAGCUCUGCGAGAUGGUCGUCUCCGGCUAGUCAGCAUUAUAGCAUGUCUCACUGAGAACGAGCUCCUGUGCCUGGCAGAGCCAGCACUGUAAACGACAAACCUGCGCAGUGCGCACUGCCCGCGGAGCUUCUCUAACAGUGAUGUGGUUGGCCGCGCUGGACUCGGGAGAUGGUCUUAGCCCGCCGUCUUGAUAAAUUAUUGAGAAAAAAACAGCUUUGUGGCUUGUCCUCUCAUCCUACUCACCUACUGCUCCCUCCGCUUUCUGCCCCCCUCUGAAGCAGGCAGUGAACCGGUAACCCCGCCUACGGCUGCAACACAUUCUAGCGCUUGAGACUACCCUGAUAUAGCAAAUAUUUUCCACGCCUUCGGCCUGUGCACAGCAGAAUCCUCCGACGAGGAGAGUCCUCAACGUCCACGACGACGAGCAGCCUCGUUCUGGAAUGAAACAAUUGCCCUUCGAAAUCCUUCUUCUGACUGCUGCGAACAUCGUCCGAGCAAAUCGAGGGGUUUACCACCGGGAUGCAACAACACCAUGCGCUGGGGACGUGGAAGAUCUGAAUGUCAACGGUCAAUCUCCGGGGGUUGUGUAUGAUCAAUUGCAGGAGCCGUGCUUGCAAGCAGUUGGUACACUGUCUGCCCCCGCAUGCAAAUGUAAUUUACCCGUGUACAAUAUCUUCAUGGCGGAUGUUGUCUGCCAACAGAAUUCCCCCGAGUCAUGGGCGCUGUGGGCACAGACGAACCAAUGCAAUGCAUCCGAGCCUCCAACAUCUAUUCCUUAUGACACGGGUGCACUCGAUGUGCCAAAGUGGGCUUACACGAACUUGGCGAACGGACAGUUCGACCUCGCCUCUGCAUUGAAGGAGGCUCGCGGGUGGGAUCCCAUACAAAUAGCUACACCGAUAAUAGUCGGUGUAGUUGUUGCUCUUCUUGCUGCAAUUCUCUUCUACUUCUAUCGUCGGCGACAUCGGGGUGCCUCCGUCGGCAGACAAAGAAAGCAAAAGCCGUGGCAAAAUGCACACCUCCAUGGUCCCCGUCGCUUCUUCGGAUUGCUCCCUGAGUACUCUACCGUCCGGUCCCGACCCAGUCGAGAGCCGCAGUGGGAAAUCGACGAUAAUGUCGUGCUGGUCGACGAGCUCAGCCGGACGGGUCUGGGCUCGCCGGAAAGCGGACACUCGCGUGUGGAAUCGACAGCCUCGCUGCUAUCGGCGACUGAAUCGCGCUACUCGACGCGGCAGCGGUCUUUCUUCGAUACCCUGGCCGCGAAGUUCAGCAACAUGUCCCUGCACAAGAAGUACCAGAGCGGGACGAUCAAGGGCCCGGACUUCAAGCGCGUGCACGUCGUUCCGCGGAGUGCCGACGCCAAGUUCAACCUCGACGGUACAGAUCUCACUCCUCCCGUCUCACAGAACCACGUCCGGGCGCUUUCGGACGAUGACGUGCUCGAGCGCCGGUCGACACUGCCGAGCGUACUCGAUAUCCGCGCGCCGUCCACUGCAGGCCCGCAGGACAGGUUCGCCCUGCGUAACGGCCCGCUGCCCGAGGAAAACUAUAGCCCGACGGACUACACGCCGCGGACGGUCUUCCAGUCUGAAUACUCGCUGGGGACAACGGACUUCAUGACGCCGGUCUCACCCCCUGGCUCGGACGCCGCACCGCCCAUGCGAGACUUCGCCGCUGCGCGCCCGGUCAAUGUUGUGAACCCGCGCUCGCCGCUCCUCCAGUCCUCUGGUCUCAACGGUUCACCACAGCCAAGGCGAGACCAGUCAAUGUACAUCGAGCUUCGGGAAUCAACAGAUUCGCUGGCGCACGCUCUCUAUCCUCGCGGUGCUCAUGCAUAUUAAUACUGGAUCUAUGAUUAUAUGAAUACCCCAAUGGCUCGAAUGUAUGGACAAUUUUAUUGACUUAUGCAUUAUUUGUCUGGGUAAUAUUUCUGACUUGUCCCGCUUCGCUCGAUGCAUCGCCUGUAUCAUGCUAGGUCUAUGUAGUAUUGCGUAGCUUUUGCGCAGGACAAUGUUUAUUUUUCC